UGAGGGUCUAGGUCCAGGCAGCUGAAGAGUGUGGUUAGCAAGAUGAACAAAGAUGCGCAGAUGAGAGCAGCAAUUAACCAAAAGUUGAUAGAAACUGGAGAAAGAGAACGCCUCAAAGAGUUGCUGAGAGCUAAAUUAAUUGAAUGUGGCUGGAAGCAUCAGUUGAAGGCACACUGUAAAGAGGUAAUUAAAGAAAAAGGACUAGAACACGUUACUGUUGAUGACUUGGUAGCUGAAGUCACACCAAAAGGCAGAGCCCUGGUACCUGACAGUGUAAAGAAGGAGCUCCUACAAAGAAUAAGAACAUUCCUUGCUCAGCAUGCCAGCCUUUAAGAUUGAAUUAGAUUGUGUUGUUUUGUGGUUUUAUUUCUGAAAGUAAAACUUGCCAUAAAUUAGGAAUCGAUUUCCCAAAAUAAAAUCCUUUUUUGUAUCAUGGUAUACAGUUUUCAGUAAUGAUGUAUA